UUGAGCCGUUCAUUAUUUCUUUCAACCCUGUUGUCAUUUGACUCAUUUCUCAUACCCGAUACGCGCUGCUGCAGCCAUAGAAAGAACCAGAAGAAAUGGCAGGAGAACAGUUGAUUAAGCGAAUUCCUCGCAUUAAAUUUCCACAAAGGCAUCCAAAACCCUCCGGUUCUGCAUCCCAACCACAAGCAGCAUUGGCUUCCAGUGAUGCCCAUCAGACUUUCUUUUCAGGGGCAAAAAUUCCAGCUGCACCAACUAACACUGGUGUAGGAGGGAAAGCUUCCCUUCAGCCAAAACGCACACCAGUGUCCGACAGGGAGAUUGAGGCUAUUUUGUUGGGUGGGUGCUUCUGAUAAUUUUGGCAUGCACUGCAAGAAGGGAUGGUAUGUUGGUUUUGUUGUUUCCUUUUAUGCUUCUUUUAAGAAAUAUCAAACAUUUCACUUUUAUGAGUGAUUCUGUAAUUUCAUGUUUGAGGAAAUGGUGGAUUAGCUGAGAACUUUGAUAAAUAAAGAAAAGGAUAAAAUUAAAAACAUA